CUGACAUCUCCCGGCAUCAGGGCAUUAGGAUGGGUCAGAGUCAGUCGGAUAUUGGCGAGAUCGUGGGCUUCGAGACGCUGCAGAAGCUCACGGAGCCCGCACAAAUGCCUAUCGAUGACCACGUGUGGCUGGAGCUCCUCAAAGGUGCGCUGCGCACACAGACAGACACACAGACAGAUACACGACGCCUGAGAGCCAUGGCGCACACCAGACGCAGGCAGACACACUGUUUGUUGUGUGUGUGUGUCUGUGUGUUUGUGCUUGUUUUGUGUCACUCAGUGCGUGUGCCGCCCCUGCAGCCCGUGGAUCUGGACAACAUGAUCCGGCACGCCAUGUUCCUCAAAUUCAGUACGUAAACAGCAAGACAAACAAAAGAAACACGGAGCGAGCAGGGCAGGGCCUGCAGUCUGGGACCAUGCGUGUGUGUGUGUGUGUCUGUGGUCCGUUCAUUCAGUCACGACGAAUGAGGUGUCGGGGAACUUCCGGAACUUCCUGCGCUUCCUGACACGACUGCUCACUGGUGGGAGGGGAGGGGGAGAGGACGCAGCCACAGAAUCCCAUCCACAGACAGAUCUAUGGGCAAACGGAACGGACCCUUUCCCUCUCUUGUCCCUCCCUGCUUCAUUCAGCCUUCCGCAACAGCAACCCCGACGCCCUGCCCUGCUCCCCCACCUCCCUGGCCUCGCUGGCCCUCAUCGCUCGUGUGCUCCUCAAGCAGUUUGUCGAGGCCUACACCGCACCAGAGCUGCUCUACCACCUCGAGCACGUCCCCCAACACACUCAUAUGCACACACACGCACAACCACCACCAGCAACAUCGACAUCAACAUCAUCAGCAGCCCAUUCGACCACACACAAGUACGAUCCGCAGGGCGGCGUCUUCACGUCAGACGAGGAGCGGGAGAUGGGGGUGGGGGGGCGGCGGUGCGAGGUGGUGCCUGAUGGGUGCAUCAAGGUCACCUACAGGGGCAAACACGCGGUCGUCAUCAGUGUGGAGAGGCCGGAGGGGCAGCGGCAGGAGGAGCAGACGACAGAACACAUGGCGGAAUACAUCAAGUGAGAAAGAUCUCUAGCCACACAGCACAGCAUGGGUGUGGUGUGGUGUGUGGUGUGGUGUGUGUGUCAGAGGUCAGGUGGUCGAGUGGUUCGUCAAUGACUUCCCAGAGGACGCCGACAUCCUCACAAACAGGUAGGUCACGACAGACACCUGCACACUGGCAAGGCAACGCCCUUCUCUCUCCCACGACGUAAUCUCUCACCACCUCGUCCUUUACAUUACAGGGGUUUCGUGUUCCGCGAGCCGACUGCGGGCAUCCUGACGGGCUACGACCUCGCCAUCCGCAUGGGCACCGCUACCGUCACACCCGCUGCCGCCAGCAGCAGUGACACCCAGGGGCCCACCACCAGCAGCAGCAGCAGCAGUGAGGAGGGGCCGGCCGAGCUGGGCAGGACCGUCGCAGUCAUACCCAAUGGCGUUCCGCGCAACAACUCCAUCCUCGUCAACCUUUUCUUAGAGGUGGGUGGCUGGCUGGAUGGGUCGGUGGCUGAGCUGACUUGACAACUCCUCUGUAUGUUGGGGUGUGUGUGUGUCUGUGUCAGAUCUGCGAGUUCUGCGUGACCACCCAAGUCGACUUCUACGGCCACGCUGAGGUCUUGCGCGUGCAGACGAUCCUGCUGGAGGUCCUGCUGACGCUCUUCGCCGUCAUCUGCCCUGACUUCGAGCAUACGGCCAGGGAGGCCAUGAUGCAAGACGAUUCCCAACGCGACAAGGCCAAGGCCUGCACCAGCGACGCAUCGACGUCCGCCAGCACCUGCACCACCGUCAGUGACGGCAGCAGUGAUGGAGGGGGCGGGGCGGGUGGUGGUGUCGUCAACACGGAGAAGGAGAGAGAGAGGGAGAAGGGUGGAGGAGCUGCUGAGGGUGCGGCGGCGAGGGAGGAGGAUGUGGGCAGCCCGUUACCGCCGAUAUCGUCUAAGGCGGCCCACAGCGCCCCCCUCUACUACAUCUACCUGCAGUCACAACAGCCACACCCUCAAGUCAGUCAGAGCGACCAGACCAGAGCGCCCAGCAAACCCCCUCCAUCCAGUGCCAUCCCGUGUGUGUGUGUUGGCUGUUGCUUGGUUUGAACAGAUCAUGUGCCCCAUGACGACGGCGUACCCCCUUGAGCCCUACCUGCUGUUCCUUGAUGCCUUCCUGGAGGCGCUGGGUGCCGGUGUGCAGCCGUCCAAGAGCCCCCUCCAUCGCAGCAGCGUGGCCAUGAACCACCAUGCUGCUGAGGGCGGCAUGAACGACGCCCCAGGGCCGCCACAGGUGGUCCGCAGGGAGGGGCCCAGGGUGCUGGGACCGUCACUCUCCGCUGGUGAGUCGAGAGAACACACCUCAACAAACACAACAGACAGAGACCUGAGAUGGGAUGAUUGGGCGAUGUCACUGCCUGCCGCAGAGUUCCUGACGUAUUUGCUCAACACGCUGACGCUCAAGGGGCCCCCCAACGAGUCGUCGAGUAACCCCGCCCUCAUCCCCAAGGCCCUCUUCUACCGCAGCCUCUCCAUACUCAUGCUCACCAACUUCUACAAGGCCUACCACCACACACACAGCCAACCCAAUGCCACGGUGCAGCCCCCCACCAGCACCCAGCCCCCCCAGCUACGCGGCAACCCCUGUGUGGAGGCGUUUGCGGCCGUCUGCGACCCGCGCUAUGUGCUGGAGGAGCCGCAGGGAGGGGAGGGUGGCGAGAUGCCGCCAGUGAGGUGUCUGCCGCUGGACUUCCCCGGCCUCUUGGCGGUGGUGUGCAGCGAUCGGCUGCAAGAGCACCUGUUUGCGGUGCUGCUCUACGCCCUGGUGUACCGGAAUCGCACUUUUCGGCUGUUCCUUCUCUCCCAGACAGAGCCAGAGAGGUGAGUGAGGUCAGUGAGGUGUGCGACAGCGCUUCCCUUCCUGUGUGUGUGUGUGUGUGUGCCCGCACAGGACGCUUCUGCCGAUUCUCGACAUUCUCUACCGACUCCCCUCUCUGUGUGGCGGCAGCUACCCUGCAUUGGGUGCUAAGGCAACCGGCCGUGCGGACGAGGUAGCUGAGGAGGAGGGCAAGCCGGUGCACCCGUCGUGCUACCCCGCGCCGCCCGCCGCCACGGUGCUACUGCUGGUGCUCCUCAUACUCAGCAAGGACAAACACCUCUGCGAAGCCAUGCACAAAACGGUCAGUCAGUCAGUCAGUCGGGUCGGCGGUAGAGGCUGGGUUGGCCACACCUUCAUUGGUGUGUUGGUGUGCUUGUUUCUAUCAAUCAGAGUGUCGAGUGGCAGCGUUGGUUUGACCACAAUGGGUUGAAGGCCCUCACCCUCGGCAGCCUCGUCGUCGUCACAGUCCUGCGACUGGCGCACUGGUGGGUGGGAACAAACUAAGCAAUCUAUCAAGCGGGCGACGUGCCUUUAUGUGAAUCCAUCCUUUGUGUCAGGAACUUCGGGCACAGCCGCGACUCGUUUCUGCACGACAUCAUCGCAGCCAUCGUCACCAACCUCGCACCCACACUCGAACACCUCAACUGGUAUCUAUCUCGGCAGGCACAAACAAACCGGCAGGCAGGCCACACAAGCCAAGCAAUGGACACGCAAUGCUCUUCUCACUGUGUGCUCCCUCCCUCCCCUCAUUCAGGUAUGCCUCUGACCGUCUGCUGGACUUCGUGUCUCUGCUGGCCCGCAGCUACACCAGGCAGGUGUCACAGGCGCUGAGGGAGGUGCGCAGCAUGGCCAAGGAGCACCAGAACCAGCAGCAGCAGCAGGCGGCCGCGUCUGGUGGUGGUGGUGGUGGCGAGGAGGGCGGCGCAGCGCCAGUCAGCCCCCAGACGCCCAGCAUCGGCAGCAACACAUCCAUCACCAACGCUGCCAAGCCAGUACAACGAAGCAAAUCAUCGCAGAUAUCGCAACCCGACCCCAAGGCACGUCCAAACGCACACGCCCAACACGCCACAACACCCACUCACUUUUCUGUCCUCUCCUUCCACCCCACCCCACCAGGCCGUGAGUGUGCUGCUACGGGGCGGUCUGAGUCUCCUGUGCGGCGCCCUGGUGCCCCCCCGCAUCGCCCGCAACGUCCACCUGCUCUACGCAGUGGUGCGGGCAUACCCGUCCUCGCUCCAGUCGCUCGAGAGGAAGCUGUCCGAUCUCCAGGACGCGCUUGCCGAUGUGUCCCGGCUGUUUGCCGACCCGCAGGAGGACGGCGGCCGGCUGGCCAAGGAGUAUGGGCGGCUGAGCGAGGUGCUCGCCGGGGCUGACUUGGAGGCCUGGCGGGAUAGGAGCGCACUGCUGUCGCAGCUAGAGUACCUGAGAGAGGUGAGUGAGAGGGAGAGAGAUGUGUGUGGUGUAGGGGAGAGGGAGAGGGAGAGGGAGCGGUGUGUGACGAUGUGGGUGUGGUGUGGUGUGUGCAGUUGGUGGAGUACUGCCACCGUCAGUGUCUGUGGGAGAGUCAGGAAGACAACGAAGACGAAGACCUCUCCGUAAGGCCUAGGCGACACCCACACAUGUCUUGGAGCAUCGCAUACACACAUCGAUGGACGGAUGGAUGGAUGGAUGGCUGCCUGCAGGUGGAGAGCAACCUGCGUCAGUUGGAAGAGGUGGCCCUCAAGGUGCCGUCGAAGCGCCCCACCGCUCCAUCCACACCCCUUCUCAACAACAAGACACCCACCAUACACCACUCCCCUCAGUCGCACACUCCCCCCCAGACAAACACCACUGACGCCCCAGCGGCCCCCCCACCGAACCCCCCACAGAUCGCCAGCCUGCCGCCGGCCCCAGCCACGGCGGCCACCUCGGCUGCUGUCGCCCUUGAGUCCGGGCUCAUGUAUCCCGGCGUCAUUGGUGUGAGCGGCUUCAGUGGCCAGGAGGGCGACAAAGGGAGGGAGAGCAGCUCUGCUAGUGCUGCAGGGGUGGGGGGCGGUGGUGAUGAGAAGGAGUCGGAGAGGCUCGUGCUGCCGCCUGACCCGUCGCUUGUCGAGGUGAGCAGCGAGAGGGAGAGGGAGGGAGAGUAUUGGCGACCGUUCAGUGCAUCCAUCGAUUGUGUUGUGUUGUGUUGUGUGGUGUUGUGUGUCAUCCAUCAGAUAUGUAGUCCUGGUGUCGAGUACGGCUACCGUGAGACCCACGAGACGCCCAGCUAUUUUUUGCCGCUGAUAUGGAAGACCAUCUUCUACCUGCAGCCGGACCACCUCUGCUGGGAGAAGGAAGCACUCGUGUGAUCGAUCUAGUCAGACAGCAGCCAGCCAGCCUGUGCAUACCAGGGAGGGAGAGAAUUAGAGAGGAGGGCGGGGGAGGGAGGGGAGGGGGCGAUCGAGGGAGCGUGGUGCCCCUCUGCUCUGCUCGUACGUGGGGGUGGGGGGUGGGUGGGCGGCAUCUGACUGACUGCCUGCCUGCCUGUCUCGCUGUUUAGACGUUUGCGAACUUGGUGUGUGUCUGGAUAAUAAGAAUACCUGCCGUGCAUUUUCGCCCACCGCAUGGCACACACUUACUUUCUGCUGCGGCUUCUCUCCCUCUGCCUGUCUGUCUGUCUGUCUGUCGGUGGAUUGCCUCCCGAGCUGUUGACAGGGUCUCUGUCUGUCCUUCCUGUCUUGACGGGUCCAUACGCUAGGGUGGAGUGUGGGGCCAGCUAGCCAUCUGCCCCACCGAUGUCACCCCGCCCAGCCAUGUGGGCGCUCAGAGACAGGGAGGGACAGACAGGACACCACCCCCCAUCCAUGCAGCCUACCGAGAGAGGGAGGGCAAGUCUGUGUGUGUGUGUGUGAUUGAGUGAUGUGGAUGCUGCUGUGCGUGCGCCUGCUUUAUUUCAUGUGCUUAGGCAGGCGUCUGGCGGGGAGAGCGCACCACACCUCAUUCCGCCAACACGGAAAGACGGUGUGGUGCGGCUUUUCUUCCAGACCUCUGCCAAAUCACACGAAAAGGCCGCAGUUGCACAGCGAUUGACGUCCAGACGGACGUUUGAC